AGUUAUGCAGAGACGCUCAUACAUUACAUCAAAGCCAACACGGGCGCCGGCAUGUUCGCCAUGGGAGACGCCAUCAAAAACUCGGGCCUCGUGCUGGGCCCGUCGCUCAUAGCCGUCGUCGGGACCAUCUGCGUGUUCGCCCAGCACCUGUUGAUCAACGCCUCGGCGCACGCUGCCCAGCGCCUACGGCUGGCCGUGCACCCCGACUACCCCGAGACGAUGCAGUACAGCUUAGAGGCCGGGCCCUGGCUCUUCCCACGAUGGGCAGUCGCCGGCAGGAAGACAGUCUACGUCUGCCUCGUGUGCACCCAGCUCGGCUUUUGCGCCGUCUACUUCAUGUUUGUCGCCUCCAACAUGAAGCAGGUGCUGGACCAGUACCUCCCCGCAAUCGACGUGCACGUCUACAUGGCCAUGGCGCUGGCGCCGAUUCUCCUCGAAUGUUGGGUCCGGAGUCUCAAGUACCUCGUGCCGUUCUCGCUGGUCGCCAACGCCUGCAUGUACGCGGGGAUCGCCAUCACGCUGUACGUGUGCGUCCGGGACGGGCUGCCGCUCCCGGCCGACCGGAGCCUGUUCGCCGACGUCAGCCGCCUGCCGCUCUUCUUCGGCACGGCCCUGUUCUGCUUCGAGGCCAUCGGGCUGACGAUGGCGCUCAAGAACGAGAUGCGGAACCCGGACGACUUCUCCCGCCCCUUGGGCGUGCUCAACGUGGGCACGGCCUUCAUCGGCGUGCUGCUCAUCACCCUGGGCAGCGUCAGCUACAUCAAGUACGGCGAGGACGUCCUCGCCCUCAUCCCCCUCAACUUUGAUCAGUCGGACGUGCUCUGCCAGGUCAUCAAGGUGGGCCUGUGCAUCGGCAUCCUCUUCACGUACCCCAUCCAGGCCUUCGUCCCCUUCGAGAUCAUGUGGCCUGCAGUGGAGAGGCGCUUCCGGCCGCUGCGGUACCCCGUGGCCGCCGAGCUAGCCUUCCGGUCCGCCGUCGUCCUCCUCACGUUCGCGCUGGCCGAGUCCAUCCCCCGCCUGGGACUCUUCAUCUCUCUGCUGGGCUCGGUGUCGUCGGCCUUCCUCGCGCUCAUCUUCCCCCCGCUGAUGGACUGGUGCUGGCGGUGGCGCCACGGCGCGCCCGCGUGGCGCCACGCCACCAACGCCGCCAUCCUCCUCCUCGGCGUGUUCGGCGGCUCGUGGGGCGCGUACGCCGCCCUCGUCGAGAUCGUCGACGCCUUCGCCAAGGGCGAAAUGACAGUCAGCUGACUCCCAUGACAAUCACGCACAGCUCAGAAUCUUUUUAUACGAAAUGUUCUCUUUUCUCUAUAGGAUAACGAUGAAAUAAAAACACAAAAGGGAACGCAAGACCACUCCUGUCAUCCCAAGACUUUAGAAACA